CCCGACUGACAUCCAGGCCCCACCUUACCGUUGCCGGCUUGGCCCUUGGCAACCGUCCUCCUCGUCCCCCUUCCCCUCGCCACCAUUUCAAAUCUCUUCCACUCGUCGUCGAUUCACCAUCCCCAUUCACCCAUCAACUCCCAGAUCUCUCUGUCUGUGGAUGUCCUCGUCGUUGCGCUUCGAUUUCCGGGCCUCGUCGCAGCAGCUGCAGCCGCCGCCUUCGCACGCCGGCAUGAGUGACGGGGGCGCGUUCGCGAACGCGGGGAACCUGGAGCACUGCGCCAGGUACCUCAACCAGACGCUCGUCACCUUCGGAUUCCCGGCAUCGCUCGACCUCUUCGCCACCGAUCCGGUUUCGAUUGCAAGAACAUGCAACUGCAUCUACGCAUUGCUGCAGCAGCGGCAGAGGGACAUUGAGUUCCGGGAGUCGACCAAUGAUCUUCGGCAGCGCAUGCAGUCUGAUAUUUCGAGGCUAGAAGCCAAGAUUGAAAGAAUGGAUGCUCAAUUAGCAGCCAAAGAUCGGGAGCUAGCUACUCUUACUCGAACGGAGGCAAAAAACACUGCAGCUUUGAAAGCUCAGAUUGAUAAGUUGCAACAGGAACGUGAUGAAUUUCAGAAAAUGGUUAUAGGAAAUCAGCAAGUACGCACCCAGCAACUACAUGAAAUGAAGAAGAAAGAGAAGGAAUACAUAAAAUUGCAGGAGAGGCUAAACCAGGUAUUGAUGGAGAAGAAAAAGGAAUCAUCCCGUUCUGGAAUGGAAAUAAUGAACUUGUUGCAGAAAGAAGGACGGCAACGCGGAACAUGGACCGGGAAAAAGAAUGACAAUGAUUAUUACAAAAUGAUUGUUGAUGCAUAUGAAGUGAAGAAGCAAGAAUUGGUUCAAGAGAAUGCUGAUUUACGAGCACUGUUACGUUCAAUGCAGAUGGACAUGCGAGAGUUUCUCAAUGCUCCGAAUGGAUCAUCACAGCCUACUGUUGCUGUCAAUGGAAGAAAGGAGGCAGUGUCUCCUCAUUCCCCACUGGGUGGCAAGACGGAUGUCUUUGACUUGCCCUUUCACAUGGCCAGAGACCAGAUAGAAGAGAGUUUGCGCACAAAAAUGGCUUCAAUCAAGGAACGAAUGACACAACUUCAAGAUGCUCAAAAAGGAGCUGAAGUAACCUCUGAGGCCACCGAGCGUGAGCUUGAGCUCGAAGCUCAACUAGUCGAAGCUAGAAGCAUCAUCCAAGAGCAGGCAUCCAUCAUGUCCAAGCACUUCACCAAGUCGGAUAAACCAAGGAGGCUAAGUGGUCUGGAUGGUGAGCGCGAGGCGUCCUCCGAGGUGUAAAAACAUGUCUGUAUCGAGUUUCAGUUCAGCAAGGCACGUCAUGUGAUAAUGUCGUCCUGCCACGGUAGCCCGAGUCUAGGCGCUGUCUAUGCAGUAUGUUGUGCAGGAGCAUCUCCUACAUAUGGCUAACCCGGUCACCUCUAAUAGUUACCUGUAGCGUAAAAUGUAACCCUACGGUAUGAAGAAGGGCAAUGUAGCUACCUUAGAUCCCUGGAAGAAAUGGUCCUUCUGGACUUACAGACAAGAGUGUUAUUCGCAUGUUCUUUCGUUUAUGCGAUCAGUAGUGACUAGUGCUUAGAAUGUGCAGUGCAGUUCAUAGUGUGAACUGCAGUUUGGUCUUGUCCCUCCUGUAGGGUUUCAGAACCGAACUUGGCUCGAAAACUGGUUCCCAGUGGUUUUGUUAGUUUUUGCGAAUACUGCUUGGAAACUGAUGAAAACCGGUAAAAUUUAGACAAA